AUGGAAAACCUACCGACUAAACCACUCAAACGGCCAGCAGAAGACGGUGUGUCUGCAAACAAAAAACCAAGGCUGGAAGUUCAGCAGACACUCUAUAUACGCAAUCUCAGCGAUAAAGUCAACAGAAGAAUCCUAAAACAUACACUAUAUCUCCUAUUCUCCACCUAUGGAGAAGUAUUCGAUAUCAACAUGAAACUCAAAGGCCAGGCACAUGUAAUUCUUGAAAGCAAGCAGGCUGCUGCUUACGCAAUAAAGGCACUUAACGAACACACUAUCUGUGGAAAGAAGAUCAUAAUAGAAUAUGCGAAAAGCAAGUCGAAAAUAAUAGAGGUUGCGGAGAAGGCAAUAGCUGAAACUGAAGAUAGCUAG